AUGUACGAAAAACCCGAUAACAUUAUGAAAAUCCCUCUUAGUAAUAACACAAUUUCUCGAAGCAUCGAUGAAAUGGCCAACGAUGUCAAACAUCAGCUCAUUAAUAUUCUCCAUCGUUCUGAAUUCUCUAUACAAGUGGAUGAUUCAACUGUUGUGGACAAUCAAUGUUUGAUGAUGGUAUAUGUACGGUAUUUCAGCGAAGACCUUCAAUCUUGUGACGAAAUGCUGUUCACAGAGAAAUUGCUGCUUGAUUCAAAUAUUAACUGUUCAUUGCUUGGCACACUGGCAGCAUUUAGUGGCAAAAAUAUGAACAGUAGGUUGAAUGGUGCGCUACAGUUAGUUAUCAAGACUGUGAACAAAUUGAAGUUCAAUCCCUUGUCUCAUCGAUUUUUCCGUGAACUCUGUCUGAGAAAUGAUGAGGUCCAUACUAAACUCUUAUACCCUACCGAAGUGCGGUGGCUGUCAAAAGGAAACUGUGUUUUACACUUUGUUGAACUGUUUCAUAUAAUUGUAUCUUUCUUUGAAGAUACUUCACUAUCCGCUUCAUUGGGGUUUUAG